AUGUCGUUAUCACCGUUUGGUAUUUGUCCAAUAUGUUUUGAACCACUUGAACCCUCAAACAUAUCCGCAUUACGUUGUGGUCAUACAUUCCAUUAUCAGUGUAUCCUACAGUGGUUACAGUCUCACGAUCAGAAUCCCAGCAAUUGUCCAGAAUGCCGUCAACCGACAACUGAAGAUUCUAUCAUCAAACAGUUAUUUUUCUGUACUGAAAAGGAAUCAAGUCAUAUAGAUCAUGAAAUAGUGCAAGCAGAAUUAGAAAUACUGGCGAGUGACAAAGAACGGUUUAAGACAUUGUAUGAACAAGAAAAGGGCAAAACGAAAAAUCAAGAAUUACAACUGAAGAAAAUGCAAACGUUAGAGACGACGGUUCAGGAUCAAACGAAGAAAAUUGAGAUACACGAGAGGUGA